AUGGCCGCCCGGCAGCUGCUGGCGCUGCGGCGCCUGCCCGCCGCUUCCUUCUCGACGGCGGCCAAGAAGACGCAGUUCGGAUCGCUACGGGACGAGGAUCGGAUCUUCACCAACCUCUACGGGCGGCACGACUGGAGGCUGCAGGGCGCCCUGCGCCGCGGCGACUGGUACAAGACGAAGGAGAUCCUGCUCAAGGGGGUGGACUGGAUCCUCGGCGAGAUCAAGGCCUCGGGGCUGCGGGGCCGCGGCGGCGCCGGUUUCCCCACCGGCCUCAAGUGGAGCUUCAUGAACAAGCCCCCGGACGGCAGGCCCAAGUACCUGGUGGUGAACGCGGACGAGGGGGAGCCGGGCACCUGUAAGGACCGGGAGAUCAUGCGCCACGACCCCCACAAGCUGGUGGAGGGCUGCCUGGUGGCGGGGCGCGCCAUGGGCGCCCGCGCCGCCUACGUCUACAUCCGCGGCGAGUUCUACAACGAGGCCUCCAACCUGCAGGUGGCCAUCCGGGAGGCCUACGAGGCCGGGCUGCUGGGGCGGGACGCCUGCGGCUCCGGGUACGCCUUCGACGUCUUCGUGGUGAGGGGCGCCGGAGCCUACAUCUGCGGGGAGGAGACGGCGCUGAUUGAGUCCAUCGAGGGCAAGCAGGGCAAGCCGCGCCUGAAGCCCCCCUUCCCCGCUGACGUGGGUGUCUUCGGCUGCCCCACCACGGUGGCCAAUGUGGAGACGGUGGCCGUGGCCCCCACCAUCUGCCGGCGGGGGGGCGCCUGGUUCGCCGGCUUCGGGCGGGAGCGCAACUCGGGGACGAAACUCUUCAACAUCUCGGGUCACGUCAACAACCCCUGCACCGUGGAGGAGGAGAUGUCGGUGCCGCUGAAGGAGCUCAUCGAGAAGCACGCCGGGGGUGUCCGCGGGGGCUGGAACAACCUGCUGGCCGUCAUCCCGGGGGGCUCCUCCACGCCGCUGCUCCCCAAGUCGGUGUGUGAGACCGUGCUGAUGGACUUCGAUUCCCUGGUGCAGGCGCAGAGCGGGCUCGGCACGGCCGCCGUCAUCGUCAUGGACAAAUCGACCGACAUCGUUAAAGCCAUCGCUCGCCUCAUUGAGUUUUACAAGCACGAGAGUUGCGGGCAGUGCACCCCGUGCCGGGAAGGCGUCGACUGGAUGAACAAGGUCAUGGCGCGCUUCGUGCAGGGCAACGCGCAGGCGGCCGAGAUCGACGCGCUGUGGGAGAUCAGCAAGCAGAUCGAGGGCCACACCAUCUGCGCCCUGGGUGACGGCGCGGCCUGGCCCGUGCAGGGUCUCAUCCGCCACUUCCGACCCGAGCUGGAGGAGAGGAUGCGGCGCUACGGGGAGGCAAAAGCCCGAGCGGCGUCGGCGUAAGGAGCCGGCGGCAGAGCAAGGGCUGCCAGCGGUGGUGGCCCUGCCCUUUCCUGCCUGGGGGG